GAGUGUGUUUACAGUGUGCUGGUGUCAGUGAGGCACUAUAUAUAAGGAGAAGCGAGCAGAAGUGAAAACACUCCAGUGGAAAGACAUGCAGUUCUGGUUGUGUUGUGCUUUGCUGGUGUUUGUGGCAGGAGGCUGCUUGGCCCAGAAACCUCGCCCGUGCACUAGUCCGCCUCUCCUCGAAGGAAGCCUCAGUGUGGCAACUCAAAAUGGCGGUUACAGCAUAUAUGGGAAGUACGCAUAUGAUGCUAUUUUGCAGCGCAUCCGUUUUGGAGAGUUUGUUCUGUAUAAGAACCAAACAUUUGUUAAAGAUGCUUUGCUACUCUACAAUGAGCAUGUGAUGUACCUGAUCGACUCUGAUAAGAAGACAUGCCAAAAGCAGAAGCUGACAUCCCAGUUCCACCCGAUGAAGAUCCCCUACAACUCGACUCUUAUUGGACAGUUCGUGAUCGGGAGUCUCUCUGCACCUGGAGAAGGUCUGCUCGUCAACUCAUGGGCUGGAGAGAACCAAGGUCAGUAUAUGCUGACAUUCACCGAAUUUGGCUGCCUUCCUGUCAGUGCCCUCUUCAACAGACCAAAACCUGGCUGGAUUGUGACCAACUUUUUUAACAUCAUUCGUGGGAUUAAGAAUCCAUCCGUGUUCAUUCCUCCACCAUUCUGUCAGAGUGCUAAACUGGAAACAGGAGAGGAAGCAGAUUUCUUCAGUGCUUUCUUCUGAGUCAAUACUCGUGCUUCAUAUGAACCACAUCACUGAACAUUAAUGCACUUAAAGUUUGGAAAGUUUAAAUGCAGUGUGCUUGUUCUGUCUAUCUAGAAUGAUUUUCUGCUCACGUUUGUAAAGAGUGAUUAUUUGAGAUACUGUAGAUUUCCUGUCAGAUGUUAUAUUUUGUAUCAGCACCAUUGUGUGUGUGAGUAAAUCCCAGGAGAUUAGCAGUUUCUGAAAUACUCAAACCAGCCCUUUUGGCACCAACAACCAUGCCAUGGUCAAAGUCGCUGAAAUCAGUUUUCCCUAUUGUGAUGCUUGAUAUGAGAUUUAACUGAAGCUGUUGGCUUGUGUCUGCAUGAAUUGUAUGCAUUGUACCAUAAAUAGAAUUGUUUUAGAAGGAAUUUAUCCUCUGGAAGAAAAAAAAAGUAUUGGAAUAGCUCUCCUCUUCUAAACACAAAUCAGUAAAUAAGUUUUGCUUUGCCUUUCA